AUGGGAACGGCUGGGCCGGAUACUGAAUGGCGAGAAGAUAUCCUGCUACCGGGGACCAAGAUUAACCUCCGACACCCGCUAAGAAUACAUGAGGACCACAACAACCGUUUUGUCAAACUUCUGUCUGAGAUGAAGAAGGGCCGCGACGGCUCGGGGCAGGCGGAGGUGCAUGACGUGGGUGCCCCUGGCGGUGACAGCCAGGGGAUAGUCUCCUUCAAUGAGUGCAAGGCUAUAACUCGCCGGAAAGUCGUGCAGGGAUGCCACCAGCUGUGGGAGUGCCUUGAUCAUGUUGUUGCAGUCUGUCCACCUCGAUAUGGUAUGUUCUUGAAGAAUCCAGGCCUUUUGCGCGUCACCCUGUCCCAGGCGGUGCAUCCGCCCCACCGCCUGGAACAGGGUGUUGAGGUUCAGUGGUGGUUCUAA